AUGUCAUCUCAUUGGUCAACGAUUAAAAAGAUACGGUUAAUGCUCAAUAUGAGAGCACGCACUGAUCCGUGGUUUUCAGAUUUUUUAUUAAGAGUCGGUGAUGGAGAUGAAGAAGCGGUUGACGAAAGUUUUAUUCGCAUACUGGAUGACAUGACUAUUCCCUAUACUGAUAAAGGUAGGUCAAAAGAUGCGUUGAUUGACACUAUCUUUCCAUCUUUGCAAAUCAACAAAGCUGAUUCGGAUUAUAUCAUUUCUAGGGCGAUAUUAUCAAGUAAAAAUGAGAAUGUUAAUGAGUUUAAUGAUCAGUUGAUCGACAAGUUUUCUGGAGAUAAAAAAAUAUACUACAACUUCGACGAAGCAGAAGAUGAUAAGAAYAAUAUCUAUCCGAUGGAGUUCUUAAACUCUUCAACUAUUAGUGGUUUGCCUCCUCAUUACUUUCAUCUCAAGAUUGGAUGCCCAAUAAUAUUGUUACGAAAUAUCGAUCCAUCAAAUGGAUUAUGUAAUAGCGGUAGAUUGAUAUGCAGAGGCUUUCAACAAAACGUCAUCGAUACAGAAAUAGUUGUUGGUCAGCAUGCUGGAAAGAGAAUGGCUGCCAAGAACGUCAACUUUGCGUUAGACGAGGUCUCCAUCAAGGCCAAUAACCAUCUUGCCUUGUUGGAGAUACCACCCUCUCGAGCCUUCUACCAACCGGCGGCUGACUUUCUCAAACAGUCRUCGCUCGGCUACGCUCUCAACCAUGAACCUCUCAUGGUUAAGGAAAUACUCCAGCAGUUCUAG